UAGUAUAAAUCAUUUUCGCACCACCGGACGAGCGGCUGGAAUUAAACGGCUUCAGCUCAACGUUGCACUACCAUGGCGACCAAACUCAUGCCCGCCGUGUUGCUGGUGAUGCUAGAACUCUCCGCGGGGGCGGGGGCGUGGGCGCGCUCCGAUGAUUCGCCGUGUGCCUUCCCGGCGAUCUUCAACCUCGGUGACUCCAACUCGGACACGGGAGCCUUCCCAGCCCUCUUCCCGGCGGUGCAGCCGCCCUACGGCCGGACCUUCUUCGGCAUGCCGGCCGGGCGGCAAAGCGACGGACGCCUCACCAUCGACUUCAUGGCUGAAAGCCUGGGGCUACGUUACCUGAGUGCGUAUCUGGAUUCACUCGGGAGCAACUUCACGCAGGGAGCCAAUUUCGCCAGUGCCGCCGGAACCAUCAGACGGGUGAACGGGAGCUUGUGGACCUCCGGGUACAGCCCCAUUUCCUUGGACGUCCAGAUCUGGCAAUUGCAGCAGUUCAUCAACAGGAGCCAGUUCAUCUACAACAACAUAGGUGGAAUCUACCGGGAGAUCCUGCCGAACCCAGAGCACCUGGUCUCCAAGGCGCUUUACACCUUCGACAUCGGCCAGAACGACCUCACCGUGGGCUACUUCGACAACAUGACCACCGAGCAAGUCGCGGCCUACGUCCCCGAUCUAAUGGAGAGGAUCUCGUCCGCGAUCCAGGGCGUGUACGACCUUGGUGGGAGAUACUUCUGGGUGCACAACACGGCGCCGCUCGGGUGCCUGCCGUACGCCUUGGUCUUCCGCCCGGACCUCGCCGCGGAGAAGGACGCCGCCGGCUGCUCGGUCGCGCUCAACGCCGGCGCCCGGUUCUUCAACGCGCGGCUCAAGGAGACCGUGGCGAGGCUCAGGGCGACGCUCCCCGGCGCCGCCUUCACCUACGUUGACAUCUAUGCCGCCAAGUACAGGCUGAUAAGCCAGGCCAAGAAGCUCGGUUUCGGGGACCCCCUGCGCGUGUGCUGCGGGUACGGUGGCGGCGAGUACAACUUCGACAGGGACAUCCGGUGCGGCGAUAAGGUGCAGGCGAACGGCACGUCGGCGCUGGCGGGGAAGUCGUGCGAGGACCCGUCCAGGAGCGUGAGCUGGGACGGCGUGCACUUCACCGAGGCGGCCAACAAGUUCGUCUUCGAUCAGAUCGUGGAUGGCGCGCUCUCCGACCCUCCCGUGCCUCUGCGGCGGGCCUGCCAGGGCAAACGGCAAUGAGCAUGACGUUCGUUAAUUAGGCUGCGGAUGUAGCUAGGAUUUUUUUUCUAUGCACCCGUACUGUUGUUACAAUAAAAUCUGCAGUGAGUAUCCGUACUCCAAAUAAAAUCUGCAGUGUAUAAGUCAUGUAAAAAAAAUCUACGAGUAAGGUGGAGCUUUCUUAAACCA